AUGCCACCCUCUCCUUUGGCAGCUCACUCACUAGGCCAAAAAAGAGUUGUCUUCAGUGAUAAUAAUGAGAUUAUAUUCAGAAAUAUUGACACUUCCGAUUUUGCUGCUACAUCAACUGAUGCUGGUACCAGACAUAAUAAAAAGGUCAAGUUUUAUUCUCAGCCAAUGACAAGAAAUACUGCAUUUCCUGAGCCUCCUGCUAUUGGGAAACUUCCCAGUUAUUCAGACUUUCCAUCAAUGAAUCCCAAGAUUAUUAAGAAAAGGGAUCCAAGGUUCAACUCUUUCAAAACAUGGUCUGGUAAACUUGAGAGACAAUUAACAAAUUUGCGUGGAAAGAACCAGGAAGCACAGCAAGAGUCGAAUACUGCAGAGAGAGAAAAUAUCCCUGUACAUCGAUACUUUGAUGCGUUGGAGGGACCAGAAUUGGACACUCUACGGGCUUCUGAGCAAAGUAUUCUUCCAGAGGACAGGAAAUGGCCAUUUCUUCUUCGAUUCCCUAUUUCUUCCUUCGGUAUCUGUCUUGGUGUUAGUAGCCAAGCUAUUAUGUGGAAAGCUCUGGCCACUUCUCCCUCAACAAAAUUCCUCCACAUAAGCUUGAACAUGAAUCUUGUCCUUUGGUGCAUAUCUGUGGCCCUUAUGGCCAUUGUUGCUUUCAUUUACGCUCUGAAAAUCAUUUUCUACUUCGAAGCAGUUCGUCGGGAAUACUAUCACCCGAUACGUGUUAACUUCUUCUUUGCUCCCUGGAUAGCACUUCUAUUCUUAGCACUAGGAGUUCCACCAUCAGUUACGAAAAACCUGCACACAUCUCUGUG